CGCGAGCGCGGCCGCCGCUUCCUGCUCCCCCGUCGUGACAAGACGCAAUGGAUGUCAAUGGGUACCACCACCACCACAACAACAACAACCACCACCACCACCACAAAUCUCCGCAGCAGCAGCAGCAUAAACAGCACCAACAGCAGCCGCCCGAACAAACAUCGACCGCCGCCAAAGACUACGAAGCCCUCGCCGCGAAUGUGUUCCGUGCGGCGAGCGAGGGCAAGGCCCUGACGCUCGCCGCCCUCCUGCUGGACAGGAGCGCGGACGAGGAGCGCUCGGCGCUGGAGCACAGCACCCGCCUGGGCGGACAGAAGGCGACGCCGCUCAUCGCCGCCGCGCGACACGGCCACGUCGGGGUGGUGCGGCUGCUGGUGGAGCACUACCGCGUGGACACGGAGCAGACGGGCACCGUCAAGUUCGACGGAUACGUGAUCGAGGGCGCCACGGCGCUGUGGUGCGCGGCGGGCGCGGGGCACUACCCCGUGGUGAACUUCCUCGUGUCCGAGGCUCAUGCCAACGUGAACCACAUAACUGUGACGAGCUCCACCCCUCUGCGCGCCGCCUGCUUCGACGGCCGCCUGGACAUCGUGCGGCUGCUGGUGGAGCACCGGGCCGACGUGUCCAUCGCCAACAAGUACGGCAACACAUGCCUGAUGAUCGCCGCCUACCGUGGCCACGCCUCGGUCGUGCGCUUUCUGCUGGGCCAAGGCGCCGACCCCAAUGUGCGGGCGCACUGUGGCGCCACGGCACUGCACUUCGCCGCCGAGGUGGGCCAUGCCGAUGUGGUGUCAGCGCUGCUGGCAGCGCGGGCCGCGAUCCUGCCCAAUGAUCAUGGCAUGACUCCACUCAAGGUGGCUGCCGAGACCUGCAAGGCAGAUGUGGUUCAACUCUUCCUAGACUCGGGUGCCUGCGACAGGGAGUCACGCAUAGAAGCCAUGGAGCUGCUGGGCGCUUCGUUCGCCAACGACCGUGAUCACUACGACCUGGAAAAGACGUUCUACUACCUCUACCUGGCCAUGGCGGAGCGAACCAACGCCAGGGGGGUGGCGCUGCCCAUUCCCAAGGAACCGGUGGCUGCGCCCGUGGCGGCGUAUGGCGGGCGCAGCGAGAGCCGCACGCUGUUGGACCUGGAGAAUAUGCGGCACGACCUCGACGCACUGCACAUGGAGGGUCUCAUCGUACGCGAGCGGAUCCUCGGGCAGGACAACGUGGACGUGUCACAGCCCAUCAUCUACCGCGGGGCCGUGUACGCCGAUGGGAUGCAGUUCGACCGCUGCAUCCAGCUGUGGCUGCGUGCACUGGAGUUACGCCAGCGCAACAAUCGCUGCACGCAGAAAGACCUUCUGAGAUUUGCGCAGGUCUUCUCGCAGAUGAUCCAUCUGAACGAACCGGUGCCUCCCGAGGCAUUGGAGCGGGUGCUGGAGAGCUGCAUCGCAGAGGUGAAGCGUAGCGUGUCGGGCGUGCAGGCCGCGUGCCAACACGACAUGCACGCUUCUUGGGACAUGCACGAGGCCAACCUGCACACGGCGCUGUACCUGGUCUGCGUGGUGACACGCACGCGCACCAGCGAGGAGCAGACGCUCAGACUCAAUCGCCAGAUCUACCGGCUGCUGCGCAUGGACGCACGUACCCGGGAUGGCUCCACGCUGCUGCACCUGGCGGUGCACAGCGAGACGCCGGUCGACGACUUCCAUACGGACGCCGUAUGCUCCUUCCCAAGUGCGCCCGCCACACACCGCCUGUUAGAGUGUGGCGCAUCGCCCAAUGAGGGCGACGUGCGAGGCGACACGCCCCUGCACGUCAUCGUGCGCUACACGCGCCCCAUCAGCGACUUCCUCACGCUGCAUAGCAUAAUCCUGCUGCUCGCAAAGGCUGGCGCCCACACAGACGCAGCCAACGUGUGUGGGCGCACUCCACUACAGUGCGUUAGGACAGGGGUCGCGGAGGUCAUCUUGCGCACGCAGAAUCAGCUCAGCCUCCAGUGCCUGGCGGCGAGGGUUGUGCGCCAGAACUGCAUUCCGUACGUUGGGCUCAUUCCGCAAGCACUGGAGGAGUUUGUGAACCUGCACUGAUACCCAUUUUCCACUGGCAUAUCCGUGCCGAGCUAGCACAAGGCUCUCGCAGUCCAGGUGGUUUUCAACUGGCUAUUUGGCAUGCGGAGCGGGGAACCAAACCACGCUAUGCUGGCAUCAUAAGACAUCAGAAUCUGGUUUCGAGCUAAGCAGGACCAGGGUCAGGCCCAAUAAUGCAUUGAUUGCAUGUAACAGUACAUCUCACAAUGUCACCCCAUUUACAUGCAACUCAGGAGGCACCGACAUUGUGUGCAAUGUCGGUGCCUUCUGAACUGCGCCGGUCUGGAUCAGAAUGGUUUUACAGUGGAAAAAGAUGUAUUCGUGGCCCACAGUUCGACAGGUCAGCCUGGGUCAGGGUGCUGCAGAGAGCUGUGCCUUAUUCGUUGUGUGUGACUGGGAGCAGAGAUCACAUUGCACCUAAAUGAUCUCCCUUCCAACGAAAGCUGCAAAUACGUUUUACGUAGUACAUCCUUCUAGCUAAGGAUGCACUACAUGGUUAUUGGUUGCCCCGGUGCAAUGAAUUGAAUGUGAUGUGUUAUUGUGGCACACACUAACUGAGCAUGACCUAUAUAUAAAUCAUACUCUGGUAUAUGUAUAAUGUAUACAUAUAUAAAACCAAUCUCCUUAAUUGUAAAUACAUUUUCAGUGCUGUAAUUGUUUUAGAUUAUUCCGGUAAAACGUUUAUUCCUUCGGAGUAUUUUUAUAUACUUACGAUCAUCUGGGCAGGGAUUGGUAAUUUAUAACGGCUACAUGAUAAGAAUGGGAAUUUCAGAAAGCCCAAUAUGUGGUGCAUCAUCACCAGAUGGCAGCAUUCAAGCAGCCCACUCUGUUAAGUGAGAAAUCAUGACGAAUGCCAUUAAUGUGGCAACCGAUUAUCGAUCAUCGAUCUCCCGGUCUCCAGAGCAACAACAUAAGCCAUGCUAACAGCCCUUUUCGGGGCUAAACAACGCGCCAGAUAGGCCCUGGGACAAGGAUCCUCCAACGGAACAUUGAGGGACUCUCUCUGGCGAAGUGCGAGUAUCUCACGAACAUAAUGAACACGUAACUUGCCAGUCGCGACCACAUCCAUGGAUACAACCUCAUGACGAGCCACAACCAACCUAAAUAUGGCUUGGCCAUAUACGUGAAGAACACCAUCACAGAGUUACGCGCCUUCCCACCAACUGAAAAAGAAGCCACCUACACCAGCAUCAAGAUAGGGGAGCUGCACAUCACCAACGUAUAUAGAGCCCUUAAUUAAAAAUGUCCAAAGUCAGCACUCCCAAGUGCACCAUUCGCAGCCCUAUACGUUGGUGACUUUAACAGCCACCAUGCUGUGUGGGGCUAUGCAGUAGACCAGGCUGACGGCGAAGAACUCACUGAUUGGAUGUCCACCGAAGAUCUGCACCUGGUUUUCAAUUCGAAGCAGCAAUGAACUUUCCACUCAUCGCUGGCAACGCUACUACGACCACCAUCGUUUCCAAAGAUCAAAGUGGAAGUCCACUUCACGCAUCCUAUAAAAUACUUCCACCCACAUUAGCAUCGAAAUCCCUGUGAUUGUAUCAAAACGAUUGACAAGGUGGAACCUGGCCAGAGCUGACUGGGACCGCUAUAAGGAGGCUGCAGAGAGAGUGGCGAGUCAAAUACCCGCGACACUGAAAUGCUAUCGCCGUUUUGUCGGCGUCCUUAUUGCAGCCACCAACACAAGCAUCCCCCGAGGCUUCCGGAAAGAAUACAAAAGAGACCCAGGAACUGCUCCGACAAUACAACCAAUCGGGCAGCCCACAGGUUGGAAAGGCCCUGAUAGUCUCGAGACUCAGCCAGACGCCAGCUAUGGAUUGAGUGCGUUGAAGGCCUGAACUUCACACACUCCAACCGCUGUGCCUGGGCCCUACUACAACGCCUCGGUGUUGCUAAUCCAACAAUACCUGACUGCAAGAGCCCUGCCCAACUCUAUAGCCACCAAACUAGUGGAGAAGGCAAAAGGACCGUGCGACAAAAAUUUUAAGCGAGAGAUCCAUCGCCAAUUACACCAGACAGUGGCCUUGAUUUCUUCACAAGACCCCACCGUCAUCAGCACAGAAGAAGUGAGGAAGGGUCUGGCUGCAAUGAAGAAAGGCAAGGCUGCCGGCAGAGAUGGUAUCCCCCCAGAAUUCCUCCAUCACUUAGGCCCUAGGAGACUCCAAUGACUGGAAAAAAUGUAUACAAAAACCAUGAAAACCAGAUGCAUCCCAAAAGCAUGGUGGGAGGCAAUGGUAAUUGCCAUACCAAAACCGGGCAAGCCAACUGACGACCCGGGAAGCUAUAGGCCGAUGUCACUCCCACUCGUCAAGUCAAGAAUAAGCAGGAUUCCGGCCUGGACGCAACCGCUGUGACCAAGUUUUGGCCUUUGCGACACACAUCGACGUCAGAUUCCAGAAGAAAUACAAGACCAGCACAGCCUUUGUGGACUAGUCAUCGGCCUAUGAAACAGUCUGGAUUAAGGGCUCGAAAUUGAAGUUCGCAAGGACCAUUCCCUGCCUCAAAACAAUACACCUGAUAUAGGCGAUGCUGAGUGUGUCUAUAUGGGCGAUAAAGCCAGCUCACCCCGGUUCCUCAAAAAUGGAUUGCCUUAAGGUUCAGUACUCGCACAUAUCUCUCCCACACCCAUCCGGCUCAACACUGCAACUCUCCGGGAAGUCCUGCGAAUCGAGGACAACAGUCGCCUUCCCAUUCACCAGGACCUCGGUAACGCCCCACGUCAUCGCUUGAAGUCAUGCAAGCCCUUUUGGACCCAUGCGCUUAGCCUUCAAAAAUCUGAGUUCAACCCCAAUGAAGUUUGGAGACCUGAAUGGAGUUCAAAAUAACUCGCAAACACCUUGUGAAAGACCCAACGCAGAAGAUCCCCAGGGUUGAUCUUCCACGUACCUCAUGGUCCACCCUAAACCGCAUCCGCACAAACCAUGGCAGAUGUGGAUACCUGAUGCACAAAUGUAACAUUUAAAACUGUCCAGGGUGCGACUGUAGUCAUCCAGAACAGACCAAACAGCAUAUGACGCGAUGCCCAAUCCACAAAUACAAAGGAGACAUCACAGCUAUACACUCUGCUACUACUCAUCAUGCGGUGAUCUGGCUUGACCACCUGAAUGUGAACUUGUAGUUGUUGCUCUGCAUCUACAUCAGACAUAGGAAAUAAGAAGCAGCCCACCUAGCUGUGGAACUCAAUAAAACAUGCAAUAACAUGUUUCAAGUGUUUUCAAAUCAGCACGUAUACAUAGAUUAUCAUGCCGUAUAUACAAUUACAUUGCACUAUUUGAACAAUAGGAAAAUAAUCUUGAUGUUAAGCUUUCGUGACUGCAGGAAUCCAUACUCUCUGGUUCUUUCGGUAAA